UUUCAUUCUCUUCCCCUCAAGUGAAGCUUUCUCCGUAUCACCAAUUCCAUCAAUUUCCCCAACGAUCCUAUCAGACUAUAAAGUUUCCUAAACACGCGAUCGAAGACAGAUUUCAAAUUUCGAUUCUCAAUUCACCUCGAGCGCACGUUGGACGAUCCGCACAACCGGUGCCUGAACAUGAAACGUGGAUGGAUGCCCGUGCGGCUGCUACUCCUGCGCAUACCUGCACUCAUACUUACGCGUGUGCACGUCAUAUAUGCUCUUACCUCCUCACUAGACAAUCUGCUAAACUGUCGAGGGCUCGUUCCGAGGCAGUCCCGUCACAUUGAUGCCCAUUUUGGUGAAGGAGUCUUGAUUAAUUCUUUCCUCUGUGGCGGCUGCCUCAUGUUCAAUGCCUUCCCCCAUCAUCACGUGACAGAACUGGCGGGCGAUCUCGAUUUUGCGACGCAGCGACUUUUUUCCUUAUCGCGUCUACAUCCUGAGGGGCAGAAAGAUGCUACCGCUCAGCCUCCGCUUAUCAACCGCCGAUACCUCGGCUCGGCGUUUUCCCCAGAAAUUGGCUGAAAACCCAGAUACGCCGGGAAGAAAGAUUUUUCCUCAGACCCCAGCUUUUCAAGGCAGCCACGG